AUGUAUGAGAGUGUGGACGUUGUGGGACUGACUCCCAGCCCGAACCCGUUUUUAAUGAUGGAUUACUACAACCAGAGCAGAGGAUGCUUGAUCCCAGAGAAAGGACUGGUGCCCGGAGCGCCCCAUCCCUACAGCACGUCCAUCAGAAACCAGCACUGGAACGGCUCCAAUCACUCGAUGCCCUCAGAUUGGGAUGUCACCAGGAUCAACGGAGACAGGUGUGUGUUUGAUAGCGCAUUUGUGAACACGCGCUCAUUCCCCACACGAUUGGGCCCCGGCUUGCUUGUAGAGAGAAUUAGCCUGGAGUCAUCAGUCGGAGAGUACUGUACACCAGUUCGCCUGCUGGGAUGCUCCUUGGGCUUGGCAUACCCAACCCCACCUGCCCUCACUGCUCAACGUGAAGCUCCAUCACUGGCUUCCCCUGAGGUGGCCUACUUGGGACUGUUUGAUCUCAUUGUAGAAGAAAGUGAGCUCGCCCGCUGCCUGGCAGGCAGAGAGAGCUCCUUGAUGCUGAGGGUUGGGGAGGUGGAGCAGGCUUCAGUGGAGAGGCUUAAUAACUGUAUUAACAUCGGUGGCUCCCCCAGGACCCACGCCUACACAGCAGAGGGAGGAGGUCCUCCUGUCCUCCCUGUAGCAGUGAGGAACGACCGGAACAAGAAGAAAAAGGAUGAUAAGAAGCAGGAGUGCACAGAGAUCUACGUGCUGAGUCCGGAAACGGAGCGGAUGAUCGACCGAGUUCGCAAGGCCCACAAGGAAACGUUCCCCUCUCUGUGCCAGCUGGGCAAAUACACUACGACUAACAGCUCAGAACGACGCGUGUCCUUGGACGUAGACCUUUGGGACAAGUUCAGUGAACUCUCCACCAAGUGCAUCAUAAAGACGGUGGAGUUCGCUAAGCAGCUGCCCGGCUUCACGACGCUCACCAUCGCCGACCAGAUCACUCUGCUAAAAGCCGCCUGUCUGGACAUCCUGAUACUCCGGAUCUGUACGCGCUACACACCGGAGCAAGACACCAUGACCUUCUCAGACGGACUCACGCUAAACCGAACCCAGAUGCACAACGCCGGCUUCGGUCCCCUUACCGACCUGGUUUUUGCCUUUGCCAACCAGCUACUUCCUCUGGAGAUGGAUGACGCAGAGACGGGGCUGCUCAGCGCCAUCUGUUUGCUGUGUGGAGAUCGGCAGGACUUGGAACAGGCAGAUAAGGUGGACGUCCUGCAGGAGCCCCUCCUGGAGGCGUUGAAGAUUUACGUAAGGAGGAGGAGGCCCCACAAACCGCACAUGUUCCCCAAGAUGCUGAUGAAGAUCACUGAUCUGAGAAGCAUCAGCGCUAAAGGAGCUGAGCGUGUCAUCACCCUGAAGAUGGAGAUCCCCGGCUCCAUGCCCCCUCUCAUCCAGGAGAUGCUGGAGAACUCGGAAGGUCUGGAAAGCGGGGCGGCAGGCAGCCGGGCUAGUGGCGCCCCCACAGGCAGCUGCAGCCCCAGUCUGUCUCCUAGCUCUGCCCAAAGCAGUCCAGCCACACAAUCGCCGUAGUAUCGGCCCACCUUUUUCUUUCCCCUCACGAUGCUCUCUGUCUCCUCCCUCGGCGUUCUUAAGAGGAGGGGCGAAGGAGGGGGGGGGGCCCUUGACCCUGACUGCUGAACACAGGAGACCGGCAGAGCCAACCUCCUCCUCUCCUACGACACAACUCCCCACCUCCCGAUCUGCUUUCCCUCGCUCCGGAGCACCGUCCUGAUGUGAGGGGAGGUAAGGCCGGGCCGGGCCGGGGCAACAGGAUGCCUCUGAGAGACCACACCGUAAACACUGCUGAAGACUCCUCCUCCGUCUCCCUCCACUCUCUCUCCUCCACUGCUGCUCCUCCCCUCUCCACCUUUCUCUAAAAGACUAAUGGAAACAAAUCUGGAUGCGGGUGGCGACCAGUUUGGUAUGGAACCGAGAGUGGGCGGGGCACCGCGGGACACAUAUAUGAUCAAGGACGAUGCGUACAGACUGACUUGACGAACACAAGACACUUUUUUUGUUGUACUCUGAGGCAGACUGCAAGCUUGGGACUUGUCAAAAGACCCCCCCCCCCCCCCCCCC